CCGCGCAUAGGGAAGCGUGCUAAGAGGGCUGGGGGAGCGGACGGGGUGUCGGCGCGGAAGGAGCUGGACUCGAAGCUCGGAGCGGUGCUGGAGAGCCGGGCUAAUGCGAAUUCUGUGUUCGAUAUCUUGGAAUAUUUAGAGUCAGAAAACGAUGGCGAUGUUCAAGCUGCAAUCCGAACAUGUUCUAAACUUUUUGAAUCCUUGCUGGAGAAAGGAGAGCUUUAUAUUGGGGACCUUCCACCUGAAGAUCAAAGCCUUCCCGAUUCCACCGGUGCAGAGGAGAAGUACAAGAUAUGGAUGAGGCAUCGCUACAACAGCUGUGUCUCCUGUUUGGCGGACCUGUUACAUCACAGUUCUUUCCAGAUUCAGGAACUUGCAUUGUGUGUUCUUCUGAAAUUCAUUGUGCUAGAAGGGAAAUUCCCUUUGGAAGCUGCCAAAUGGAAAGAUGGUUACCGUUUCUCACGUCCACUGUUAAAAUUGGUUGUAACUAGCCUGCUGCCAGAAGACAAGGAUUCUGCCUCUUUAAUAACAAGAUUUCAAGAGUAUCUGGAAUAUGAUGACGUCCGAUAUUAUACCAUGUCUUUGAUUAAUGAAAACAUUGUACGAGCGCAUCAGAAUACCAAAGAACCACAUUCCCUCCCCACUGCAUUCCAGAACAAUGUCUUUUGCCUGCUCUCAUCCAUUAAUAUGCCUGUAGAGAAUGAAUUAUCACAUUUCCUGGUAGAACAGAAAGAGAAGUGUGAUGACUGGAAGCCAGCAAAAUUAAAGGAACAUAAGAGGAUGUUUGAGAAAGUAUGGAUGAACUUUCUCAAGGAGAAACUUGCUAUAAGUCUGUAUAAGAAAGUGCUUUUAAUCCUGCAUGAGUCUAUAUUGCCUCACAUGAGCAAGCCCACCUUGAUGAUUGAUUUCCUUACUGCGGCCUACGAUAUUGGUGGAGCUAUAAGCCUUUUGGCUCUUAAUGGACUAUUUGUUCUGAUUCAUCAGCAUAACCUGGAGUACCCAGAUUUCUACAAAAAACUUUAUUCUCUCUUGGAACCCUCCGUGUUUCACGCAAAAUAUCGAGCCAGGUUCUUCCACUUAGCCAACUUGUUCUUGUCUUCCACCCAUCUACCGGUGUACCUUGUUGCUGCAUUUGCCAAGCGUCUGUCACGAUUAUCUCUGACGGCUCCUCCACAAGUAUUAAUGAUGAUCAUCCCGUUCAUCUGCAACCUGAUCCGAAGGCAUCCAGCUUGCCGACCUCUCAUCCAUCGGCCUAUGGCGUUAGGGGAUUUAACAUCUGAUCCGUACAUCAUGGAGGAGCAAGAUCCAGCAAAGAGUCAAGCUUUAGAGAGCUCUCUCUGGGAGAUAGAAGCUCUACAGAAUCACUAUUACCCAGAUGUUGUUAGAGCUGCCAAUGUCAUUAGCCGUUCCUUGUCUACACAAGAAAGUGAAAUUUCUGAGCUUCUUGAGUUAUCUUCCUAUGAGCUAUUUGAAAAGCAGAUGAAGAAACGACAUGGGUCUGUGCCACUGGAAUUUGAAUCUGUACGAGGACUUUUAGGCAGGAAACAAGAUAUCACAGCUGAACACUUUUCUAUAUAG